AUGGAUAGAGCAAUUGAAACUUUUGUCGAUGAUAUUAGGUCCGGUGAUUUCGUCCUGUUUUUUUUUGCUGGACAUAGUGUACAAUCGGAAGAUCAGAACUAUUUGUUGCCAUGUGAUGACGAUCGUAUUAGAAACUUGCCUGAUUUAAAAUAUCGAGCUGUAAAUGCACAGCGAGCGCUAGAGCUGAUGUCUGCUAAGGCUCCUUUCGUUAUUGUGUAUCUUCUCGAUUGUUGUCGCACCUACUUGUUACCAAGUUUGGCUAAAAGCAGAGCUACGGAAAUUUCAUCAAGAGGAAUGGCUCCUAUGAUCGCAAGGGGUGGUUCUUUGGUUGCUUCCGCCUGCGCACCUGGAGAAACGGCCGCGGAUGCGACAUCGAAUGGACGUAAUGGACUUUUUACUUAUCAUCUUUUGCAGCAGAUGACGAAACCAGGCGAAAAUAUAACAAUGUUAAUGUUAGAUUUAACACAAGCAGUGGCAACUGAAACAAACCAGAAGCAAAUACCUUAUUAUACAAGCUCAUUACAAACACGAGAUGUAUACUUAGUACCACCUACAACGCAGACUCCACGCCCAGAAUUAAUAUUAUCGCAAGUGGCACAAUUAUCCCUUAAUUCAGAAAUGAAUGGUGAGUAA